GUGGGCAUGAACGCGCAGAAUGGACCGGAAGCGCCGCAUGAAGUGGACUUGGUAUAUAUAAUGGAAAGUGCAACGCCGGACGGUGUUAUAGAGGAAGAAACCGUUGUUGAUCCAUUCGAAAUGGCGCAAGGUUGGCGGCGUUCAACAGACUCGUCAGAGUGCGCGGAAAAUGAUGUGCCCAAUCGACGCUCCACGAAGGAAUUAUGCAGAAAUUUAAUAGCAUUACCGAUGAGUGCGUUGAAAGCACAAGGCUGUGAUAAGCCUUUGGUCAAUGAGAAUGAACACAGCACCGAAGUUAUCUUUUACCUGCUAGAGGCUUACAAAAAGCACGAAAAACUCUGGAAUCCCAAUCACCCACAAUAUAAAUACAAUGCCAAUCGCAAGAUGUUCGAAGAGCUUUCGCGUCCCUUGCUGCGUGAUAUGAAUUACUCAUUGGAUGGUUCGGAGAUCUAUGCGAUCAUUAAAAGUUUGCGUUCACGCUAUCGACUGGAGUUGUCCAAAACGCGUGAGCGCCAGGGCAAGUACAAGACACGAUUCAAAUAUUUUGAUAAAAUGGAAUUCUUGCGAGAUAUCAUUGAGAAUAAGCGAAUUGAACGUAAAAUCAAGAAACAUAUUGAUUGUUCAGCAUCUGAGAAAUUUUUGGAGGAAGACUGCGCAGAAACGACACGCUCCGCACAAGAUCGCGACGUACUCACUUAUCUAUUGGAUGCGUUUAGGAGACAGGAAGCGCUCUGGAAUCCACAGCAUCCCAAUUAUUUGUUAUGUAAUAAGAAUGAACUGAUGCGUGAGAUCUCAAUACAAUUGUUGCUGGAGAAGGGCGUAACCUUGUCGGCGGAUGAAUGCUUUGCAAAGAUUCAAAAAUUGCGUACACGUUAUCGUCGAGAAUUGCGCAUCGUACACGAACAGAAAGGACUGUAUGCUCCGAAAUUGUGGUGCUUUGAACAAAUGGAAUUCCUGCAGAAGAUUUUCGAAGAGCAGCUACUCGAUCGGCUAAAAAAGCGGAAAGGUGUCAUAGCUUGCAAGCCAAAGACUCAGUACUUAAAAGCUAAGUCUAUAGACUUCAAGAGCACCGACGAUCAUCUAACAUUCAUUGAAAUCUACAAAAGUUAUUCAGCACUCUGGGAUGUUGAUCAUCCAGAUUAUCGAUCGACCACCUAUCGCAAUGAAGAACUAAACCAAAUGCUGGAGGAGGUUAAUCUGAUGCUCGGUAUAAAUAGCACACUGGAAGAAUUACAAAAAACCGUAUAUGAAUUGCGUAAGGAGUUUUCAGCAGAGAAGCAUAAGCGUCUAGUCGAACCGAACGGUGCAACAACGGCAUCUCCACCGUCAAUUAUACAAACGAAGCUGAUGGAGUUUCUCGAUAUAAAUAUAGGACCUUUUCGUUGUGGUGUUUGUACUGAGGUGAUAAAAACCUCUGACCAGUAUAAGAUUCAUAAGUCCGGGCACGACGGAAUGCGGCCGUUUAUUUGUACGCUUUGCGGCAAGGGUUUUCAAAUACCGGGUAACCUGACGAUUCAUAUACGGCGACACAAGGGCGAUUUUCCGUAUGCGUGUGAAGUUUGUGAUAAGAAAUUUGCUACAUCUACUGAGGUUGCAAUUCAUAUGCGAAGUCAUACAGGUGAGCGUCCUUACAUCUGCGACUUCUGCGGCAAAUCCUUCAAAACCUGGUCCUUUUAUGAUACUCAUCGACGUGCCCACCUCAAACAGUCCAACUUCCUCUGCCCCAUCUGUGACAAGGCUUUCUACGAACGCAACCGCUAUACAGAUCACAUGAAUGGGCAUUUGAAUAUUCGCAAGCAUGUAUGCGAUGUCUGUGGCAAAGCAUUUACCACAUUUGCGAACUUGAAGAAACACACCGAACUGCAUUUGCCAGUGAAGAAGUACAAAUGCGAUAUUUGCGGUCAGCGGUUUGCGCAAUUCGCGAGUGUGCGUUGGCAUAAGCGUAAAACGCAUGCACAGGCGCACGAACAACUCGAACAGAUGGAGCAGUGAAAUAUGAAAAAAAUAAGCACAUAGAGGUUUUUGGUUUUGGGAAAUCUUAAAGAAUAUUAGAAUUGUUGUAAAGGAAUUCUUCGAAAUAUUUUAGCUUUGAAGCGAGUUAUUAUAUUUAAACAAAAUUUUAUUAUUUUAUUUAUGUAUAUUUGCGUAAAUGCAUACUUAACAUAGAUAUAUUUAGGAACAUAUAAAUACGCCUAGUAACUUAUUUGUUUUUUAGUAUAAUUAUCUAAGUAGAAAAUGCCAGUAUAUGAACAUUUACAAGUAAGUGGUUACUGUAGUAGUUGGUACUUUAUAGGAAAAUAAACAAUUACGAGUAUUAUGCACACAAUCAAUUUUGAAGUGCCUUCAGCGGUAUUUAGACCAUACAUAGGCUGCCAGUACAUUUCAACAGAUUUUGAGUGUCCUCAACUAGGAAUUUCAAGUAUAAAUUUACAUACAUGGAUACUACUUAACUUAAAACGUAAUGUAUAAAAAUAUAAUAGGUAUACAUUAAAUAACUUCACUUACAUUUGUGCCCGUUUAUCUUGUUAACUAUAUUGUAAUACAUAUUAUUAAACUUUGAAACGUCACACUCACAAGCAUAAAACAUAAUUUGCACUAAAACAACGAAUAUGAGCAUACUAGGUAUAGUAUUUAAUCUAUCGAUGUCAUUAGCUUCUACUCACAUAAUUCACUAUUGGUCUUGCCUGCUUUUGAGUCAGUAGAGUGUUCCGAUAGUAGGGCUUUUUUAUAUUAAACGUCUGUAUGUACCUAAGUGAGAAUUAUUUAUCGACACACCAGUCAAUCGUAGUCGCGUGUAAUAUUAUUGUUACAAAGGAACCCUGUGUCUGCCUCGUAGUAUUUUUGAUGUUUUCUUUAGAUAUUAAUGAGCGGCUUUUUGACAUAAUUCUGUAUUAAAGAAUGCUUUUGUUCUUUUUGCAAUUGAUUUGUAUGUAAGUUAUUUUGAGUUAGUUUAGUUACGUAGGAAGUUAAGUUAUUGAUUGUUAAUUAUAGUUUCCACAAAUAGAUGCUCAAGUUUUUGAGUCGACAACAUUACCUUAGAAGAUAAUGAAC